CCCCGGAGCGCACCGGAGCCGCAGCGCGUCACGUUUGCUGAUACGCGACUGGAACUUUUUGACAAGACAAAUUGCAUUCUUCUGUGAAAUAUUCCUGGAAAAAGUAUGGAAAACAGCUGCUUUGAGGAAUCGUAAUUGCGGUGCGCUCAAAAGCACACGAGUAACAACUUCACUUCCCUUUAGAAAGGCGACAAAGUGACAUUUCUGCGCGUCGCUCGUUUGCGCUCGUCACAUGCGUAAAAGUUUUUUAAAGUGCUCCUUCGCUUUUAUUUGGGACAUGGAGGAAAGAAAAUUCAUGAUGGAAAUAUGACAUGAUGGAUAUAUUUUACUGCAUCAGUGACAGGAGUCCUGUCAUGUUUUAACAGAAGUGAGAGUGUUGCAGUCUAACGUGAUCUAUCCAUUCAUACUUGGAAAGGAGUAACAGUGUUUCUCAGCAUUGAAACUUAAAAGUUAUUAUCAUCCAGAAAAGCUUGUGCCCUGAUGUCAUGGGCUGACCUGGGACCGCGCAGCUGAUAGUGUGCGGGACAAUGUCGGGACCCUGCGUCCGCAUCCCGUUUUGGGUUCGUGUGUUUCUCCUGCUGCUGCUUCACAGAGUCUCUGCGGGCUGUCCGGAGCUCCUUUCCAGCGGCUGCAGCUGCGCAGAGGACCGCGGUAAAGCUCACGCUGCGCCCGGGGCGCGGAGGAAAGUGAGCUGCGUUGGGAAGGAGCUGACUGAAACGCCCGAAGUCAGUUUGCUUCCCAACAGGACCGUCUCUCUAAAUCUGAGCAACAAUCGCAUCCGCAUCCUGAAAAAUGGCUCUUUCGCUGGCUUGUACUCCCUCGAGAAGCUGGAUCUCAGGAAUAACUUGAUCAGCACCAUCAUGCCUGGAGCCUUUCUGGGUCUCACAGCUCUUCGAAAACUUGACCUAUCCAGUAACCGAAUUGGCUGCCUGACCUCAGAAGUGUUCCAGGGACUUACCAACCUCACAAAAUUAAACAUCUCUGGAAACAUCUUUUCCUCUCUGGAUCCACAUUUGUUUAUGGAGUUACACUCUCUAAAGCUGCUGAACUUUCAUUCUGAGUUCCUGUCAUGUGACUGCGGUCUGCGCUGGGUCCCAGGCUUUUUCCACAGCAGUUCUGCUCGGCUUGGGGACGAAACACUGUGUGCGUAUCCCAGAAGACUUCAAAACAAACCCCUGCGUCUCCUGAGAGAGACUGACCUCAGCUGUGGUGAUGAGCUGAUCCUGUCAAACGUCCACAUCGAGGCGAGUGGUGAGUGGGAGUGUGUGGUGUCCACAGGCCGUGGGAACGCCUCGCGCAGUGUGGAGAUAGUGGUACUGGAGAACAGCGCCUCCUUCUGUCCGGAGCAGAGAGUGACUAACAACAGAGGGGAGUUCAGGUGGCCUAGAACUCUGGCUGGCAUCACCUCCUACCAGCACUGUCUGCAGCUGCGCUAUCCCUCCUUAACUAUAGGAGGCGGCGUGGAGCAGAAGAAGGCGUCACGUAACUGUGACCGCUCUGGACGCUGGGAGGAGGGAGACUACUCUCAGUGCCUCUAUACUAAUGACAUCACACGGGUCCUGCAUACCUUCAUACUGAAUGCAGUGGCUCUUGCUUCAGUGUCUCUCCCUGCGUCUCUUUUUCCACCGAACGCUCCUCCUGACUGUAAGCUGCAGUUUGUGGCAUUCCGCAAUGGAAGAUUCUUCCCAUUUACCAGCAAUUUCACAGGACAUUCGGACCUUGCCCGCAGACGUGGCAUCAACACUCCAGUUAUCUACGUUGACCUUGAUGGUUGUAGCAUGUGGAAUCAGUCCGAUCCCAUUAUUGUGUCACUACGACACACAUCACCUGGAAAUGACCCUGUUGCUGCCCACUGGAGCUUACAGGCGCUGGAGCAUCAUGGGAGUUGGAGUCUGGAUGGCUGUCAGCUGGCCCAUAGUGAUGCAUCCACCUCUACGCUGCACUGCUCUGUGCUGAGCAAUUACGCUGUACUUCAGGAGAUGCCAGAUUUCCCGGGUUCACCUUUGAUUCCAGUGGAAGUGCUCCAUCCAGUGAUCUACACCUGUACUGCAGUGCUGCUCCUCUGUCUCUUCACCAUCAUCAUCACAUAUAUAUUACAUCACAGCUCUAUCAGAAUCACAAGGAAGAGUUGGCACACUCUCCUGAACAUUAGUUUCCACAUCGCAAUGACUUCUGCAGUAUUUGCUGGAGGCAUCACUCUGACAGGAUACCCAGUUGUAUGCCAGGCAGUGGGGAUUGUUCUUCACUACUCUUCUCUGUCCACUUUGUUAUGGAUCGGAGUCAGUGCCAGAGUCAUCUAUAAAGAAGCCUUAUUAAGGACUCCACAGCAACUAGAAGGAGAGUCUGCUGUACAACCAACCCAGCGACCCAUGCUCAGAUUUUAUUUGAUAGCUGGCGGGGUCCCACUCAUCAUAUGUGGUAUCACUGCAGCUGUAAACAUCAAUAACUAUGGAGACAACAUUCCUUACUGCUGGUUGGUAUGGCAACCCAGUUUCGGAGCUUUCUACAUUCCAGCUGGAUUGAUCAUUCUUGUGACCUGGAUCUACUUCCUGUGCACUGCUUUCUGCCUGAGGCGCCGAAACUUCCAGGAGUCCAAAGAUCCUCCUUGUUCCGCCUCCGAACCCUCAACCUUGCCUGAGAGCCAACCGGCAAUCAGUGGCAGCACCAGCCUGCUCUCGACGGACUCUGUGGUGGGCCCGGUGCAUGCUGGGACGACGGUGGAGGACCAGUAUUCAUUGAAGGUCCAGUGUUUGGCGCUGGUGGCAACACAGUUUGUGUUUGUGGGGCUGUGGUGCUGCGGCGCUAUGGCUGUUUGGCAUGUGGAUAGAGAGCGGAAACUCUUCAGCUGCCUGUAUGGAGGAACGGCUACCGGAUUAGGGAUCUUCUUGGUGCUCCAUCACUGUUUCAAGCGUUUGGAUGUCCAGGCAGCGUGGCUAAGUUGUUGCCCCAGGUACCGUCGCUCCCAACCCAUGCCAGCUUAUUCCCACCCUUGCACUGCCACCGUAGGCGUCCAGAGUUCCUCGGAAAGGGGCUCCCAACUUUUUGUAGGAUGCCAUCCGCUGACGGACACCAACAAUUUGUCUUCUUCUGCCAGGUCGUCUUCUACUCAAAGUGGGACGACGAGCAUUGCCGCCGGGCCUUGCAAACUCACCAACCUCCUUCAAGUGACACAGGACAACGUGAAUAAUGCUGCCCGAGCGCAAACGGGAACUAAUACCAACACAAGCACGAGCACGGAGAACAACAAGCCGGCCAACAAUCUGCUACCCAGUCUACUGCCCAUCCAGCAGCCUCAAAGAAGGAAGGCUUGCAGUAGAACUAGGGGUGGCAAUACUCAAUACCAUCACCGAGGGGACGGGAGAGGGCACUACCGCCUUAAAGCUCUCAGAGCGGGUGGAGGAGGUAGCAUGGGCGCUUUGGGACCUUCUGGGACAGAGCAAUCAAACAUCCACCAGCUACACAAACACGCUUCCAGUGAGAAUGGAAGUCUACGGAAUAGCCAUUCAGAGGGUCAGAACGGCCUUCUGACCAAUGGGCGGCACAGAGGGGAGGGACUAGCGACGAGCCCUUCGGAAGGUAGUGAUGGAGGUAGCAGUGGAAGUAGAAAACCUUUUCCCCUGUUGCCUUCGGUGGCAAGCAGGUCCGCCACGCAGCAGAACACUCAACGGCCCAGCGCUAGCAAAGACAAUCUUAAACUGGCCGUCACGGCUGAGAGAGAGUCCAAGCAGAGCUCGUUCCCUCUAAACGUGGCAUCAAAUGUCACUACGACAGCCUCGUUGACGACAGUGUCAGCGCCAAAUGGAACACUAAAGGGAUCCGUGGUGGAAUUGGACACUAGCGGAACUGACCAAUCACAGGGUUCGGUUGGUAUGAAGAGCAGGGUAUGGAAGAGCGAGACGACUGUAUAAUAGUUGAAAGACUUUGAAGGUUUCGUGAAGGUGUGACCUGUAUGCCAGGAGCCAAAGCAUGGAUUUCUUUCUCCACAACUCUGCUGAAAAACUAGUUUAAACCAGUCUAAGAUGGUUUGAGGGCUUAUUUGGUCUGUGGGCUGGUUUUGGACACUUUUCAGCCAAGCUAAACAUCAACUUGGCUUGGCUGGGAGACCGGCUAAACCAGCUAAGACCAGGAAACCAGACUAGCAGUGUUGUAGAACUUAAGACUGGAAGACU